CCGGGCCAGGAGAGUUGGCGGUCGCGCCGUCGGGGCCGCGCCGAUCCCCGCCCGGAGCCUGCAUGGAGCGGCGGCGCUGAGCCCGAGCCGCCCCACUGCCGCCGCCGCCGCGCUCCCGCCCCGGCCCCGCCAUGGCCGAAGCACCGCAGCUGGUGGACAUCGACCCCGACUUCGAGCCGCUGCCGCGGCCCCGCUCCUGCACCUGGCCUCUGCCGCGGCCGGAGUUCAACCCCCCCAGCUCGGCCACCUCCAGCCCGGCGCCGUCGUGCGGCGGGCAGCCCGAUGGGGCAGCCGGAACCGCGRCCGGAGUCGGGGCCGCCGCCUCCGGAGGGCUGAGCGCCGACUUCAUCAGCAACCUCAGCCUGCUAGAGGAGAGCGAGGACUUCGCGCCGCUGCCCCCCGCCGCCGCUCCCCCGGAGGCUGCCGUCUGCCGCUGCGGGGACUUCCCGGCGCCCGAGGCCGGCUGCCGCCUCCACCCGCCGGGACCGCCGCCGGUGCCGCCGGUGCCGCCGCCCGUGGCCGGUCUGUCACCGGGACCCGUGGCCGGGCAGCCCCGCAAGAGCAGCUCGUCGCGUCGCAACGCGUGGGGCAACCUGUCCUACGCGGACCUCAUCACCAAGGCCAUCGAGAGCUCCCCCGAGAAGCGACUCACCCUCUCCCAAAUCUACGAGUGGAUGGUCAAGAGCGUCCCCUACUUCAAGGAUAAGGGCGACAGCAACAGCUCGGCGGGCUGGAAGAAUUCAAUCCGUCACAACCUGUCUCUGCACAGCAAGUUCAUCAGAGUGCAGAAUGAGGGAACAGGGAAGAGUUCCUGGUGGAUGCUCAAUCCUGAAGGAGGGAAGAGUGGCAAGUCUCCUAGGAGGCGAGCAGCGUCCAUGGAUAACAACAGCAAGUUUGCCAAAAGCAGAGGCAGAGCUGCCAAGAAAAAAGCAGCCCUUCAGUCUGGUCAAGAGGGAACCGGGGACAGCCCUGGAUCACAGUUCUCAAAGUGGCCUGCAAGUCCCAGCUCUCACAGUAAUGACGACUUUGAUAACUGGAGUACAUUUCGACCUCGAACGAGCUCUAAUGCUAGCACAAUUAGCGGAAGACUUUCUCCUAUUUUGCCAGAGCAAGAUGAUCUUGGAGAUGGAGAUGUGCACUCCAUGGUAUACCCGUCAUCAGCUACCAAAAUGACUUCUACUCUACCGAGCCUUUCAGAGAUGAGUAAUUCUGAGAACAUGGAAAACCUUCUGGAUAAUCUCAAUCUCCUGUCACCUAAUACAUCAAUGACUGUGUCAACCCAGUCUUCAUCUGGCACCCUGAUGCAGCAAACACCAGGUUACUCAUUCGCAUCCUCGACCACAAGUAUAGGUUCACCAAAUCCUGACUACAGGAAAUUCACUUACGCUCAAGCUAGCAUGAAUUCUUUGUCCCAGAUUCCUAUGCAGACUCUCCAAGACAGUAAAUCAAGCUAUGGAUCGAUGAGCCAAUAUAACUGUCCUGCAGGACUUCUGAAGGAGUUACUGACUUCCGAUUCUCCACCGCACAAUGAUAUCUUGGCAUCAGUGGACACUGGCGUUUCCCAGGCUGGUGGCAGGGCACUGGGCCAAAGUGUGCUGAUGGUCGCCAACUCGGUGAUGCCRAAUUAUGGCAGCCAGCCACCCCACAACAAAAUGAUGAACCCUAACGCCCGCCCUCACCAGGGACAUAACCAGCCAGCGCCUGCAGUCAAUGGCCGUGCCUUGUCACACACAGUGAACACCAUGUCACACACAUCAGGGCUAAACCGCCUGUCCACAGUGAAGACUUCGUUACAAGUGCCUAUGAGUCACCCAAUGCAGAUAAAUGCCAUGAAUCCAUAUGCACCUGUUAACAGUUGCAAUGGCUACGGGAGGGUGGGAAUUGUUUCCCUCCACCAGGAGAAGCUUCCCAGUGACUUAGAUGACAUGUUAAUUGAACGGUUGGACUGUGACAUGGAGUCGAUUAUCCGUAAUGAUCUUAUGGAUGGAGAAACAUUAGAUUUUAACUUUGACAGUGUAUUGCCUAACCAAAGUUUUCAGCACAGCGUAAAGACAACCACACACAGUUGGGUGUCAGGCUAGGAUGUAGUAGGAGGCUAUGGUUAAAUUCUCCAGACUUGUCUGACAGCAGGAACUGAGAAAAGCAGUACAGAGAUGUCCUUCACCUUUCUUUUUAAUUUUCUUGACAAAGCUGUGCACAUGCACUAACUUUUUGGGUUUUUUUUUUUCUUUUUCUUCCUUUCAUCAGAGUUGGCAGCAGAGAGAGUAUUUUCCUGUACAGGAUGUUUGCCCAAGGUUUGCAGGUUAUGUGCUGCUGUAGAUAAGAACUGUGCCAUUGGAAAUUUCAUUACUCUGAAGUGCCAAAUUCACUACACCAUAUAAUCACAGCAAAGACUCUUACUUACAUCAUGUUGUGCUUUCGGUUUUGUACAGUAUGACCUGUAGAAGAAGAAUUGUUUUUUAAGACUUGUCUGUUUUGGUCCAAGGAAAGUUUAUAAACUUUUGUAAGAAUACUGUGAUGAUCUCAUGCCCUAAGUAAGUUUAAGCUUCGUUGAUGUUACCUGUAUUUGGAUGAAUUGAGAUAACUGUGGACUUGCCUUGCAGCAGUACGAACUGCAUUAUUUUCCUUAAAAUUGCCACACAUUUCAUAUGGGAAUAGAAUAGCCUGUUAAAUAUGAUCCUACUAAAUUCACUGACUAUUCAAAGCAAACAGUAGGUUAAAUGCCAUUUGAUAAGUUACCUGCAUUCAUGUAAAUUUAUGCAAGAAUAUAUCUGGAUUUUACUGUCAGAUUAAUCACUUUGUUGUUGGGCUUAAGAUAAUUUUUGGAAUACUUUCCAAGCUAUUUUUCUUAUAAUUAAAAUCUACUUUUGUUACAUAGGCAACUUUAAAAAAAAUCUGAGAUCUGGCAGCAUUCAUAACCUCUUAAUUUUGUACAGUAUUUUAACUGGAUUAAGUACAUGUUUUUAUAAAUUUCCCUAGCACUUGGGGGUGCUAAUAAAGGAAAAGCUUAAUAAGGAUCUUGAAUACAAAACAUUUCUGUCCCUUUUUUUUGUUGUGUGAUGUAUAAAUAUAGACAACUUUAUGUUUAGAAAUAUUUAAUCAGUUUUAUAUAUGCAUUUUUAGAAAUGUCAUCUGCUUCUAUUAUCAUUUUAACUCUGACUACCACAAAGUGUUAAGUAUUCAUUGUUAAGAUGCUUGUAAAAUGCUUCACAUUUAUAUUUAUUUUAUGGAGGUCUCAUAAUGUUUGUGCGCUCAGGAGCAGGAACUUUUGUGGAAAAUUUGUAAUUGUAGUAAAAUUAAUGGCAAAAUUGUCAUUUGUCUUAAUCAGCAGUAGUUUUAGGGAUCAUCAGUGUUACUGUUGUAAAGCAGUAGAUUUGAAGAGGCAAAAAUGCUACUUUUGAAGUGUGAGAGUAAAACUUAUUUGACCUUAUUGCAGCACAAAACAUUACUUUUUUUCAGUAAGAAAGAUAAAGUAAGUGGCAAAGUUAUACAAAUGUAUGAGGUUUAGGGUAAGGGAGAGCAAUAAUAACAGAGAUCUUGUUUCUGUGGAAAAGCCUGCUCUUGCUGGAGUAGGCACCCUGACAGCUACCUAAGCAUUUUCAGGAGUGGCUCUUGGAAUAAAUGAUUUCUGAUUUUUUUUUGCAAUUGCAUGAUGCAGUUUUCAUGGAUAUGUGAGUAACAGGCCUGACCUGUCUUUUGACUAGUUGCUACACAACAUUUGUGUUACAGAAAUCCUUGUGGCUUUUUUUAUGCAGUGACAGAAUAAACAGCUUUUUUUGCUAGGGCUGACUGUCAUGAAGGAGGGGGGAAAACAAAUAUUUUUACACUGAUUUUUCUUUUGUCUAAAUAGCUCACAACUGGAAAAUGUACUAAUUGAAACUCAUCUUCCCUGUGGUGAUAGCGUAUGGUGGAAAAGAAAAUGGGAUGUGCCAAGUAAAUGAAGUUUAGUAACAAGCCAUAUAUUUAAUGAUCCUGUUAUGACUUUCCUAUGGCUCUUCUAUGUAUUUAUUGAUGUGCUAGCAUUUAGCUCCCUGUUGGGCUUAAAUCACUACUAAUUACAGCUGGUCCUACUUUUUUAGAUAGGCUAUUACAGUUGUCAGGCAGUUCCAGAGGCUGAUGUGCUACAGAAUCUUCCCCAGUGUGAAAUUGGUCUUUGGACUUGUUUUGAGCAAAAUCAAAUAUUUAAAGUGCCAAAGCCUCAAUGAAGCCACCUGCUUUUACAGGCAAAUAUCUCUAAAAGCAUCUUCACCAUCACGUGCAUAGUCUGAAAUGUGAUAGUAAAUCUUGGCAGUGGAGCAAGUGAAGGGCUCAUAUAGGGAUUUCUGAAGAUCUUUCUGUUUGCUGCAUGUGCAGAAAUGAUUGCUCCCAAAUAGGCAUGGAUAUACAUUGGCCAAAGUAGUCACAAAAUCCACCUCUGCAUGCAAAGAAAGUAGUGCUCAGCGCUAUACUCUAUGGGGAUGCAGCUGAACAUGCUGCGUUUAACAAUACACCUCCUGUUUAUUGUUUACUGCUACUGUAUAAUUUCCUGUAAACAGAUAUUUUUUUCAUUGCCUUUUAUAACUACAAAUAACAUAAAUGUAGCCUUUCCUAAUUACAACAGUCUGUAGAAAGCCCUUUUAAUUAUUAUGAGAAAACAGUUGUAGAUAAUCAGAGAUUUGGGCUGCAUGGUCAACUUGGCAUUUUUGGGGGUUUGGAGAUUUUUUUUUUUUUUUUUUUUUUGUUUUUUUUUUUUUUUUUUUUUUUUUUGUGGUGCCAUUCUAAUAUUUUGCAGUUGUAAUUCUGGAAUACUGUGAAGUUUGGUGAAGGAGCAUGUUGUCUGCCUUGAAAACAAACAUUAUGUGACCUCUAGUUAUAAAUCCUUUUUCAGUAAAAGUACCAAGUUUCUGGAGUAACUUAGUUUGUCAGAAUUGUAAAUGAUUGGUUUGUGAAGUGUGCAGAUGAUCUUACCUAUGCAGCCUUGUUUAUGACUUUUCUCUGGUUUGUACUGUUAUUAAAAGUUUAUUGUAUUAUAGAGCUGUUCAGAUAUUUUAAAUAUAAAGAUGUAUUGUUUCCAUGAUAUAGCUUUAUGAUAUAUGUUUAGGUAGUAGAUGCAUUAAUUGGAAAGCUCUGCUUUGAUAAACUGACAGUUUGCCUACACUUACAAGCAAAAAUCAUAUUGCUUAUUAUUGGCUUAAGUCAACAGAGCAUCCCUGAGAAGUUAAAAUUGGACCAAUUAUAAAACAGUAUAAAAUUUGCACUUGUUAAACCACUGGAUGUAUGUUAGUACUUUUUUAUUUUUUUACUGAUUUGAAAUUCCUAUUUUCAUUAUGAAAUUGCUAGGAUUCUUAAUUUAUGACUGAUUUUAAGUAAGGUAUUCUCAUUAUUAUUAUUAUUAUUUUGGUAAUCAUAAUGUAAGAUGCAGCAUGGUUUAUACAAGCAAAAAGCAAAUUAUUCGACAUGAAAACUGGCCUGUUUUUUGAAGGUGUUCCACAAACCAGCAAUAGCUGAGAGACUGGCAUGUACAUACUGCUAGUUCUAUUUGCGAGUGAUGUGACAGCUCUUCAACGCUUCACUGCUCUGACUUAGUCACAUUGCAGAAUUAAAAUUCAUAUGUGGAUAUUUUCAGAAAAAGUGCCUGAUGUACUUCUACAGACACAUGAGAACAAUCCCUGACAGUUUGUUGUAUAAAGCCAUAAAUGUAUAUAAAUUAUGUUUAAAAGGUUUUGUGUCCUUUCUUGUAUACAGAGAAUGAGAUUUGUACCAGGAUUCUACUUGUGAUUAGUAAUCCUUCUGCUGAGAUGUUGUCGUAAUCACUUUUCUCACCGUGUAAUCUUUUUAAUGAUGGUGAUCCCAUUUGGACAAUCCUGAUGGCAUUAGCAAUUUUAUACAGAAAAAUACCUCAUGGUACCAAGUCUUGCCUGGCGAGAUGAUAACAUAUUAAUGAGCAAACACUAACUGCAGAAUAGUUAACAAAUUUUCCAUUACUUGUUAUAAAGGAAUUUUUCUCUCUUGGCGUUGCUUCUGGAUUUGGAGCUGUAGCAGGUACAGGAACCUAAUAGGGCUGUGCUACCAGUGUUUUAUCACAACCUAGUGUGCUAAAAGUAACUUGUUUACAAGUCUUUGAGACUAAACGCAAGCAGAAUCCAUGCCUGACUCCCAGGGCUCACCAGACAUCUUUGUGUAGAGAUGUGUUGUUACUGGAAGCUGCACGAAGCAGCAUCAGACCGUGUUGCCAGUGCUUCAACAAGCAUAGUUCAGAAAAAAUGACAAAAAAGUCCUGAAAUCGUUUCAGAAUGGGUAUUUGUAAGUAUAAUCUCUUAAUAAAAUUGCUAUGACAUGAGAUGGUAAUUAGUGUAUCAGAAUAUUAUGUAAUACAUUGUUAAAAAAUAAUAAAAAAGGGGAUGUUAACAUCCAUCAAACCACAGGAAAGAAUUAGUCUUUUAGUCCAAAUUACAUGUUAGAACUUAAUGCUAUUAAAUGUGGGAGAGAGCCAGCCCAAGCCCUCUUGGCCCUCUUUUCCCUGGUUUUGCCUCUGCUCCUCCUAAAAUAUGUACCUUUCUUUGGAUUAAGGUUUUUCCUUGCUGAACAUUUGCCAGCCUGCCUGGUGCCACUCCUUUCACAGCCAUGCUUUAUGCUGUGGCAGUGGGAGCGCUGGUGGUGUGAGUAGGGAGAGCAGGAAUGUCUGAUUUAUUUUUUAAAUUUUUUUUUAAAACUUAGAUUGUGUUUCAAAACAGAGCUGGAAGAAAGGAUGAGAAGCUGCCAAAACAGACAGCCAAUAACACCCACGCCACAGUUGUCUUGUGAGGCCCAGAUCCCUGCUUGCCUGCAGGUGGGGAGGGAAAGGGGUGGCAGAGAGCAGGCUCUAAAUGAAUUACUGAGAAAAAAAAACCCAGUUUGAUCUUAAAGUGAGCAUAGGUAGACCAAAAGAACAUGAAAGAACUCAUUGCAUAUAAAAAUAGAAAUAUUUAAAGAUAGCUAAAAAAUAAUUUCUGCUUGUACUUUGCAGUUCUAUCUUUAUUUUAGCUUUGCCCAUUUUUCUUUGGUGUGCAUUUUGGGAGGGUUCUUGCAUGUAAGGGAAACUGAGGAUAUCUUCCCUGACAUUUUCAAAAGCCUGACUUCUGGAAUGAGAGGGUUGUAAGAUCCAAAGAUACUCUAUUUGGGUGUUCACUAAGCUGUUUUUGGAAAGGAUGCACAUCUAAUUGGUACGUGACUAGUUUCUGCUGUCAGGAGAGAUAGUGAAAGCUUGUUUCUUGGGAAGGGACUGGCUAGCAAUUUAUGCCAAUCUGGCAGUAAGGGAUUUGAAUCUGCUGAUCAAGCAGGGAAACCUCAAAGCAUCCUUGUGCUCUGAGUCAGUUCUACAUCAUUGUAAUAAACAUGUUUUUGUGCAGAAACAUCAGCUACUAUGUCACCUCAGUUGAUAAUCCAAUUAAAACUGCAAAGGACAUUUAGGUCUUUUUUGUGCAGCUGAUGUUCAAAGAUGGGAUUUGCGAUGAUCCUUGGAAGGAAUAACUUACAGUCAUCAGUGCCUGUGGUCAUGCCCACUGCUGGAAUUGCAUCCAAAUCCCUGUUCAUUACCUGAUGAUGUUUUGCUUGGGGUAAUGUUCUGGCAUGUGCCAAAAUGAUAGCUAAAAUGAGAAGGCAGAGACAGCGCCCCAUCUUAUUUUAUGUUCUUCUACUUGCUGUUGGACCCUGGGGCGUACAGAAAUUUUGCAUGUAUUUUUUGCAAGUAAACUUCUUGUGGGGGUGUUUAUCACUGAGAUGAUGGGAAAAGGGAUGAGGACUUUGUACAGUACAACUGGAGGAGCAUUGCAGGAAGCUUCUCGUGGAUGUAAUAGGGCUUUGAAGGGAAGAACCAGACAAAGAGCUCGUUCAUAACUUGGAGCCUCAACAUUUUACAUCCUUCCUGUCUGCUCAUCUACAGUUGCUCAUGCCAUCCUUAAAUUAAGGGGCUUUUCCAAGCAAGAUGAGUUGAGUGUUGGCCUCUUCUCCUAAGUAAGAAGAAAAAAGAGGAAGUGGCCUUAAGUUGCCCCAGGGGAGGUUUAGUUUGGAUAUUAGGAAAAAUUUCUUCACCAUAAGGUUGUCAAGGAUUGGAACAAGCUGUCCAGAGAAAUGGUUGAGUCACCUUCCCUGGAGGUAUUUAAAAACCAUGUAGAUGAAUCACUUAGGGACAUGGUUUAGCAGUGGGUUUGGCAGUGCUAAGUUAAUGGUUGGGCUUUAUGGUCUUAAAGCUCUUUUCCAACCUAAAUGAUUCUAUGGUUGUGUUUCUUUCUCAGUACCCUAGAGUGACACUACCUGAGCAGGCAGCAGCCCAGAUCUUGCAUAAGAGCCUUGCUGCGUUUCCAGGGAACUGUGUUUGGCAGGAAUGUCUAAAUUGUUUCUGAAAUAAUCGACUUCAGUCAAGUUUGCCGAGUUCAUGGAAAAAAAAAAAAAAGCCCAUUAUAAAAGUGUAUAUGCAUAGGAAAGGGGGGAAGAGAUGAGAAAUUCAGGGAUGAUGAAGCACAUUAAGUUGUUGCUUUAAGGGCCAAAGAACACUGGAUUUCUCUGGAAAAAGGGCUAAUGUUGCAAUUAAAGAGCUUACUGUUUGUUGGAUUUUGAAGUUGUGUCCAAUAGAAGCCACAGAGAGCACAAAAUCCUGACCUGAAUGGUUGUUCAGUUUUUUUGACCAGGUGAAAAUAAGUGGUGAGCUGUGAAACCCUGUGAGUACUGAAGUUUCACUUCAGGAGUCCAAAUAAGUUACCACUUCCUGCUCCUCCCUUUCUUCCUCCUUCACCCCACUGAUCCACAGCAGCUGAGAGGAGUGUUCCUGUUUGGUUUUUUUUUUAGUAUCUUU